GUUCUCGCCGUGUCACUGUGUGUGUGUGUUUCAUAGGUAUCGUCGUGCCAGACGCACUCCGAGAGGGUUGAAUCGCUUGGAAUAUUCUGUGCCCCUUUGGCAUUUCCUGAGAGCGGACACCGUCCAUGUUUUCGUUUCGGUUUGUUGUGGCAUUUCUGUGUGUUUUUGUUGCCGGCUCGUUCACGUUUUGCGCUUCCGAGCAUUUUCAAGUGGAAAUCUAGUGGGGCUGGAACUGUAAUGUAAGUUUUGUCUUGUAAGUCAAAAAUUUGCUCGUUCGGCUACACUAAAGCAACAGCAAACGAGAAAGCAAGUUGGCGUCAAGCGACAGCAGUUAAAACCACCAAUUACAUUAGCUGCGGCCUCCCGCAGAGCCAGCGCGCCAAACAGCUGGUGUGCGCAGGCGACAAGAGUGUCGAAAACGACUUCGUCGUUCAUUUCUCUUAUUAUUUUGGAUUUUCAAUGCACAGUCUGCACAUUCCGCACAGAAAACAACGCCACACAAUGAACACUCGGGCCAGUUUUCGGUUCCCGACGCCAAAUGAUGGAAUCGAUAUCCUAAAGGCCAUCCAAAGCAAAACUCCAACUCCGGAGGUAAAGGAGAAGAAUGUGAAAAUAUGCCGUUUGGUCUGCCAACAUCCAUGCCUCUUUGAUCGUUCUAAUGCGGCGUACAGCAAGAAGUCGCACAUAAAUGCAGCCUGGAGGGAUAUAUCGAAUAGAAUGAACGAUUCGAUCAAUAGCUGCAAGGAGCGUUGGCGUAAUAUUCGUACCAGCUACGCCCGAUCCAUAAAAGAUGGAUUUAAUCAAACCAGAAAAUAUUACUUGGACGAGGAGGUCUCCUUUCUAAAGUCGCACAUCACACCGGGAGUUCCCAGACUUCCGCAGGGCCGACGCUCACGCGUCAAUAAUAAGGUGCACGGCCGUAGCGACAGCAACGAGUUCAUUUUCGACACAGAGCAUGCGCAAACGAAGUUGGAGCCCGACGACGAGGACACCGGAGAUGACGCGAGCACUGGCAACGACUGCAAGUACGAGAACGGGGUGGUGCCCGUGCCUUGGGCCUCCAUCAAUCCCGACGAUGCCUUCCUACAGGGUCUGCGGCCCGAAAUGGAACAGAUGAACUUCCGUAAAAAGCUCUACUUCAAGAGUCGUGUUUACGCCCUACUCGGCGAGAUAUUUGAUACUCCAGAGGACGCCUCAUUCUCCAACCACCAGUUGUCUGGCCGUUCCGAUGCCAACGCCAACGGAGCCAUGUCGACUUCCUCAACCACAUCCGUGCAGCCUUCUCUUUCGACCAAGAAAGUCAAGCCAAAGAAGCGAAAAUCCUCAAAAGCUAUAUCUUAUUUAAGAACAACACUGAAAUAGUUCAAAUAAAUACGAUUACAAUAUGUA